AUGGAAGACUAUACCCACUUCCACAAGGUCUUUCGACCAGAGUGGGGAUCACCCUACGCAGAUGCAGACCUGGCGCGCGACAUUGAGACCGUCAGGAAGAGCUUCAAUGGCGUCCUCUUCAUCGACCGCGUCUUGCGGGCUCUGGGCAUCACCAGGUCCAAAGCUUAUCCGCCCAGAAACGAAAAGGGCAUGUAUGAACUGCACCAGCAGAUUUGCGACAGCAGAUCCGUGGUCCACCAGAAGCUCUCCGUCUUCUACUAUCUCCUGCUCGACCUCGACAGCUCACAGAGCCGCGCCAGCCAUGCCGAGAAUUUUGCAUACCAGUUCGGCGUACCAGAAAAGUACAAGCUGUUCAUGAAGGGCCUCUGGCUGUUGGACCGUGGGGAGUUUCAGGUGGCCCUUGAGUACCUCGCACAUCCUUCCCUGGUCCCCGAGUUCGCAGACGACAUCAUCACGGUCUUUGUGCAAAAAGCCAAGGAUGACGACUACAGCCUUGCCCUCUCGUACUACCACGCCGUCCAGCCUGUCCUGACCAGCUCCACGGCCCUGUCACAUCUUUUCGAGGCCAUGGCGAGGACGAGCCUGACGGAGGCGUUCUACUUUUCUCGUACAAAGCCAGAGCCGACAAGACAUCUGCUGUUUGAGCAGCUUAUUGCGUCUGUACUGGGCGGUGCGAGGUCUGGCAUCGCCGCGAGAGCCACCGAGCUGGUGAGCCUGCCGCUCGACGGCGCCGAGGAGCAGUGGUUCCAGGACUACCUUACAACGGGCAACGGUCGCAGGCUGAACAACGCAAAGGACACGGUGCUCAUGCGACGGGUGGUGACGGGCCGGCAUGCUGAGUCAAUGAACGACAAGAGCCUGGGCAGCCAGUGGGGGGCCGUCCUGGGAGGUUUCAAGAGCGGCAUGGGUGGUCGGGUGUCAUAG